CCCUGCGGCCACGCAGUCUCUGUGCGCAGAUCAGGUUGAGGUUGUACGACACUGAUGUAGGGAAAAAGGUUCGAACAAGCAGCUGUACGCUUCGAGCGAAAAUAGAACUCGUUACUCAAAUAUGACUACAUAUGUGUGUGUGUAUGUGUGUGUAUGUCUGCAAGCGGCCCGCUAAGUAAAUGAUUUAUGAGAGACACACGACACCCGUUGACGAUUGACUUGGCCAGCCGGUUAGAGCUGCCAGAAGCAUAUCGCGGAGACUCCGACCCUUAGGCGACCUUCAGAGAGGACCGAGGUUAGUUCGUGUUUCUGAGAUACCCCACGCAUGCAUUCAACCGUACAUACAGAGAGGCUGGAUUGAAGCCUCCAAACAGACUCUUCUCAUGCCGUAUGUCCUCAGCGGACGAAACCUGCGAAAGCUUUGAUUGUAUUGACGGGAUCCGCCAUCUAAACUACCGCGCGCCAUUCAUGGCAUGCUAUACACUGGAUCUGCUGCGCUAUCUCGAGCGUGGUCACGCCUACCGCAAGUGUGGCAAUAAACACUCUUAUGAACUGUAUCUCGAGGCAAGCUGGAAUACAUCGGAAACGAUGUCAUCGAUGGACGCUGAAUUUUAUCCGAUACUUCUUCACGACAGCGGAGUGUAUCCCCCGGAAACGCUGUAUAUGGCCGCAAUGUCGAAAGGACAGAUACGGGACUAUUCACUGGCUCAACUAGUAUGGCAACGCCUGGAAAAGCCUUAUUCCACUAGAUGCUGGAACUACAUUGAGAAAUUUGGACAAAGUUCAAUUUUUCGCGGGAACAUGGCUAGAAGAAGCUGUGAGCAGCAGUGCCAAAUGUUCGCGGAAGUCGACCUCUGUGGCUGCGUUCGAGGUAUCCACGAGUUUCAGCACUUUCAGCCGCAUGACGUUUGUCCAGGCGUACUAGAGCAAGGCAAGUGCACCGACGUCGUACAGACACCCGAAGGGGCAUUACGAAUGGCUCAAUGCGCCGCUAAGUGUAACCAGGAAUGCAAGACCGUGCGAUACGACGUCCGUCUUGGAGGUAUCCAGACGUUACCGACUAUCAAGGCUGGUGAGAGUAAAGUGAUUCGUGCUGCAGUUACCUUUUCUUUUGGAACCUCCGUCGUUGAAUACUACAUUUACAAACCGUUAAUGUCUUUGGAGGGAGUCGCAGGUAUUUUAGCUGGCUUCCUCGGCGUUUGGCUAGGAACGAGUUUUGUCGAGACCUUCGAACGGGUAUUUAGCAUCAUGUGCAUUACCAACGAUCAGUGAAAAGGUCCAAGGGAACGGAACGUUGAAUACGAGUCUCAUCGAUUG